AUGGUGGAGAUGCACGAGAUGGUUCCAGGAAAACGUUUCGACCGUUACCACGAGCUUGGACAACACGCAUUUGGAGAGAAGCUUGGACUCUACAUAGUCGUUCCGCAACAGCUGAUCGUUGAAGUCGGCGUUUGCAUCGUUUAUAUGGUCACAGGUGGAAAGUCUCUCAAGAAGUUUCAUGAACUCGUGUGUGAGAAUUGUAAAUCGAUUAAACUCACUUACUUCAUCAUGAUCUUUGCAUCUGUUCACUUCGUCCUGUUUCAUCUCCCUAACUUCAUUUCCAUCUCGGGUGUCUCUCUUGCUGCCGCUGUGAUGUCUCUCAGGUAA